CGUAAAUCCAACCGUCCAGUUGGAUAUAACCCGUAUAUAUAAUGCUAGCAUGCGAGGUAGUUCCUUCAACUAUAAAUCGUUUUGAAGAGAUAUCACAUCUCUUGGGAGCAAAAAAUGGAAACUAAAGAUAGAGAGGAGUACGAAGAUUUGUUGCCAGUGAUGGCGGAAAAGCUAGAUGUGGACACGUUUGUGUCGGAGCUUUGUGGAGGGUUUCGGCUACUGGCGGACCCAGCAACCGGGUUGAUUACAACAGAGAGUUUGAGGAAGAACUCGGCGCUGUUGGGCAUGGAGGGGAUGAGUAAAGAGGACGCGGAAGCGAUGGUGAGAGAAGGAGACCUUGAUGGGGAUGGAGAACUCAACGAGACGGAGUUUUGUGUCCUGAUGGUGAGGCUCAGCCCUGGAAUGAUGGAAGAUGCUGAAAUAUGGCUAGAGAAGGCAAUUGAUCGGGAGUUGAGUCGAUCCAGAAUGUAAAACUGCAUGGUAACAGUACACAAUAAACUUAUGUAGUUGUCCACAGUUACAUUACAUAUAUGUUCAGGCAAUGAAUUGUGUGCUGGUGGUGACGGUAUGCGAUGCAUAUGUAUACAGUUGUGCAAUGCUAUGCACGAACCAAAUGAAGCAUUCAUAAUUAUCAUUA